CUUGACAUCCAAAACAUUAACAAAAAUUCGAUUUAGAAUCUUCUAACUCAAAAUUAAGAUCGAUCAAUUAUAAUGGAGGACGGUUCGUCGUGCAAGAAAAAUAAACCACCAGCGUGUGGAAAUCUCGUAACCAUCCUUAGCCUCGAUGGCGGCGGAGUCAGAGGAAUCAUCGCCGGAGUCAUCCUUGCUUAUCUCGAAAAACAACUUCAGGAACUCGAUGGAGAAGACGUGAGGCUAGCUGAUUACUUCGACGUUGUAGCCGGAACCAGUACCGGUGGUCUCGUGACGGCGAUGUUAACCGUACCAGACGAGACCGGACGGCCUCAUUUCGCGGCUAAAGACAUUGUUCCGUUUUACCUUGAACAUACUCCCAAGAUAUUUCCACAGCCUGAUGAAAAAUGCAGAGGCUUGUUUGCUCUGUUACCAAAGCUUCCAAAGCUUCUGUCUGGUCCAAAAUACGACGGAAAAUAUCUGAAGAAUCUACUAAGUAAGCUUCUUGGAGAGAAAAGACUUCACCAGACACUCACAAACGUUGUAAUAACUACCUUCGACAUCAAGAAACUUCAACCCACUAUCUUCUCCUCUUACCAGACGUUGACUGACCCUAGCUUGGACGUCAAGUUAUCAGACAUAUGCCUUGGCACAUCGGCUGCUCCUACUUACUUUCCUCCUCAUUUCUUUUCCAAUGAAGAUAGUCAAGGCAAGACGACCGAGUUUCACCUCGUUGAUGGCGCCGUUAGUGCUAAUAACCCGACUUUGGUGGCUAUGACUGCUGUGUCUAAGCAGAUUUUGAAGCACAAUCCUGAUAUGGGAAAGCUCAAGCCACUAGGUUACGACAAGUUCUUAGUUAUAUCGAUAGGGACAGGGACUGCAAAAAAGGAGGAGAAUUAUAGCGCAAAAAAGGCUGCAAAAUGGGGAAUCAUAUCUUGGUUAUAUGACGAUGGAUCUACUCCGAUAUUAGAUAUUACCAUGGAAUCAAGCCGAGACAUGAUCCAUUUCCACAGCUCUGUUUUGUUCAAAGCUCUUCAAUCCGAGGAUAAGUAUCUCAGGAUCGAUGAUGAUACAUUGGAAGGAGAUGAAAGCUAUAUGGAUCUAGCAACAAAACCCAACUUGGAUAAUCUUGUAAAGAUUGGAGAGAAGGUGCUGAAAAACAGAGUCAUGCAUAUGAACAUCGACACUGGCGUUUAUGAACCAAUUCUUGAAAACAUCACAAAUGAUCAAGAACUCAAGAGGUUUGCGAAAAUUCUCUCCGAUGAAAGGAAAUUAAGGAGAAUGAGAAGCAACACAAUGAAAAAAGAUUCUUCAAACUGAUCAAAAGAGAUCAAAUAUGAAAGACAUCUUCAUAAUCACUCGUGAUUUUGUUUUUAGUUGUGUGAACUAAUGUUUUUAGUUGCGUGAACUAUUGUUUUGAGUUUGAUGCUGAUGAUAUUGUGUGCGUGUGUGUAGUUCGGCGAACUAUCUGUUCGCCUUUGUUGUUGUUGGUUUUUAAAUAUUAUUCUGAUAUAAUUCUUUUCGCAAAACGAAAAAAAGAAGAAGUUACAAAUCAAAGUAAUAAC